AUGAAGCUGCUUUUUGAGGAGGCAAGGGCCAAGGCAAGACAUGAUCCAUCAAAGAUCACGUUGUCUUUCUUCUUCUUGGCACGAGGUACUAUCGAGGAGAAGUCGACGCAAGGUCUCUAUCGCUCUCUUCUUUAUCAGCUCUUUGAGAAGGCAAAAGACCUUGAAAGCUCCCUGGAGUGGAUGACCUCUAGCGGUGCCAGAGGCAUUGCGGACAACGGGUGGAACGAGGAGGCUCUGAAGCAGACAUUCGACCAUGCUGUAUCCGAGCUCCAGGAUCGCUCCUUGACAAUAUUUGUUGACGCCCUGGACGAGUGUGACAAGAGUCAAGCUGUCAACAUGGUUGGAUUUUUUGAGGACUUGUGUGAGCGAGCCAGGGAAUCAAAUAUCCGACUGAAGAUUUGUUUCUCCAGUCGGUAUUACCCGGAUAUCCGUACCGAGGAAGAAAACCAAGUUGCGCUCGAAGCUGAAGAAGGACAUGACGAGGACAUCAAGAAGUACAUCAAGGCGGCACUCAAAAUUGGCGGUAGAAAGCAGAUUGAAUCCCUUCGACUUGAGGUUUUCAAUAAAUCGUCUGGUAUUUUCCUUUGGGUCGUCUUAGUACUCGAGCUUCUCGUCAAUGGGAAUGAUAUCUCUGUUCAAGCCAUGAGCAAGCGGCUUAGAGCGCUACCGCCCGGACUUGAUGAUUUGUUUGAGAAGAUUAUCACACGAGACGGAGAGAAUCUUGAACAACUGAGAGUCUGCCUAAAAGUUAUACUCUUUGCUGAGCGAGCUCUCAAGCCACAGGAACUCUACUUCGCUGUCCAGCUGGGUCUCGGCAUUGACAAGUCAGGCUACUGGGAUCAUGAAGACGUCCAGUUGGACCAGAUGAAAAUCUUCGUGAGGACCUCAUCCAAAGGCUUGGCAGAGGUCACACGAAACAAGGCUUGCGAAGUCCAGUUCAUCCACGAAUCAAUCAGGGGCUACUUGAUGGGCAGUUACAGUGAGCAGUGGUCCGGAUAUUCAGAAAACCUUGAGGGCAAUUGUCAACUUUUUCUGAGGGAUCUGUGCUUGGUUCAGUUGAACGCUCCUAUCUCGGAACUCAUCCAUAUACCGGAAGUCUACCGUCUAUCAAGGGAUACGUCAGGGCGCCAGGUAGCAUCCAGUCAACUGAGGUCGAAGCUGAACCUGAAAUUCCCGCUCUUUGAGUACUCGAUCCUCAAGGUGCUUUACCACGCCAAUCGCGCCCAACGAAGCGGCAUGGACCAAGCGUUGUUCCUCCGAGAUUUCCCCCUGAAACGCUGGGUGAUGAUAACCAAUGCCCUUGAGAAACGCACCAUUCGGCUGUACUCAGAUUCAGUCAGCCUUGUGUACAUCCUUGCCGAGGGAAAUCUGGCGAGCCUUAUACAAGCUAUACAAGCUCAUGUCCAACCCGCGUCAUAUUUCAAUGUUCAGUGCGAGCGAUACGGGCCAGCUAUCUUCGCUGCAUUAGCUUGCAGGAGUCAAGAGGCCGCUCUUGAAAUGUUGACAGACCCCAGAAUCUGGACCAAGCUUCCAUUAGGCAUGUCGUGCGAAGUAUUAUUGACAGAACAUUGCAAGGCCGUAGUGAAAGAGAAUAACCUAGGCCUUCAAUUCGUCUUCUCAAUCCGAAAACAUAUAUUUGGCCACCUCGGAAUCUCGGGUGAGGUGAUUGCUCAAGCCUACAUCCUUUCAGGCGCGGAUGCGGCGACCAGGUUCAGAGAUCCCGAUAUUUCUGCAUACGAAGACUUUAUGAAGCUCCUCCCUGUCCAGGGCUCCGGACUCGAUGCACCACCGGUUGGACUGUGGUGGCCAGCCUCGUGUGGCUACAUUCUUUUACUGCAGCAGAUGCUAAAAGCAGGCGCCGACGUCAAUGAGAUCUAUCCUGGCAGAGAAACACCUUUAUACUCAGCAGCUUUCGGUGCCCAUGCUGCGGCUGUGCGGCUACUGCUCGACGCAGGGGCUGACGUCGAUACAACAGACGAUCUUGGCGCCACGGUACUGUCGCGGGUCGCGAAAAUGACAGGACGAAGCAUAAUCAUACAGCAACUACUUGACGCAGGCGCCGAGAUAGAUUCAACGGAUCACCAGGGUCGGACACCCUUAUCAUGGGCUGCAUUUCACGGGCACAAGGACAAUAUAAAACUGCUACUUGACGCAGGCGCCGAAAUAAAUUCAACCGAUAACCAUGGUCGGACGCCCUUUUUUGGCUGCAGGUAG